AAGCUGGUUCCAUAUAUAACUACCAUAUGAUCCUAUCAUGGACUCAACGCGACUCAAUUCGACAUCAUACUAUUAUAUCACCCCCCCUUCCCUUCUUCCCUUUCAUCUCUCUCUCUCUCUGCCCCUCUGAUUCCCUCUAUCUCUCCAUCUUCUUUCUCUCUCUCUCUCUCUCUCUCUCUCUCUCGUGGCAAAAACAAAAAAAACCACACAGUGACGUAAAGGCCGGCCCGGUGGAAUUUCGGCCUACCAGAACGGCCGGCCGGACCCGCGGCAGAUCCCCGGCUUUUGUCCUGCUCCAAUCGAUCGCCUUCAAUUAUUUAUUUAUGGUAUUUCUCACUUGCUCUGAUUUCAUCCGAUUUUCAAUUAUUGUAUUAUUACCCCGGAGUCUCCCAGUAUAUAUCAUUGAAGUCAUCCCCCCCCCCUCCUCUGAUGGGCAAAAAAUACAUUACUUCGAGUCAAGUGAACACCGUCGACAUUAUUGCCGCCGUCCCGUGGUCCACACCGAAUCCACCGGGGCGUUGGAUGGAAAUCGGUUCCUUCGGCUAUCUUCUCUCGGACACACGGAGCUCUGCUACGGCCUUCCCGAGGAUCCUGGAUAGGUAGUAGUAGUAGUAUCACCCUCGUUAGCUAUGGUGAUUAUUAUUAGUUACUACUGCUUGCUACCUAGUUACAUACUGCUAGUUGCAUACUACUGGUGAUUUUAUUAUUGAUCACUACCCCUGAACAGCCAAUGCUAGCGAAACAAUGCAGGAA